CCAGAGAAUUAGACACUGGCAGAAGAAGAAUAUCUCUAGUGGGACCUACCACAUGACCCUUCAUUCUUCGUAUUUUUCCUCCUCCUCUUCUCUCCCUUCCGCCAUGUGAAAAGUCUGCGAACACGCGCGUGUCACUAAUCAUCAUCAUCUGAUUUAAUGUCGUCGUCGCCGUCGAACAACACUAUCCCCUCCGUCGCAAAUCCACCGGAGCCGGAGUUUCCCUUCACCAAAUCAAACACGACGACGACUUCGUCUUCUCCGUCGCCGCCUUCCAUCUUCGGUCCUGAUUCGACGCCUCCGUUACCGGCGGUGAGAUUAAACGACGGAGGAGGCUUGGGGAGAGUAGCGUUAGCUGGGCUAAUCACCGGAGUCGUUCUCGGAGCAACGGUUGUUCUAAUCGGAGUCUGCGUUUUCGUCUGUUUCUAUAAAAGGAAGAAGAGGAAGUUGAAGAGAAGAGAUACUGAAGCAGCUACUGCUAUUAAUGGAGAGUUAUUAGCUUCUUCUUCUUCUGAUCCUAAAUUAGAUAAUGCUAAUAGUCUUGAGCAGUGGAAACAAAGUAGCAGCAACUCAGACAUUGCACACAACUUGUUUACUUAUCAAGACUUGGCUAAGGCAACUGAUAACUUCUCCAGCACCAACCUGAUUGGACAAGGUGGGUUUGGUUAUGUUCAUAAAGGAGUUCUUCCCGAUGGAACAGAGGUUGCGAUUAAGCAGCUUAAAGCUGGAAGCGGACAAGGAGAACGCGAGUUUCAGGCGGAGAUACAAACCAUUAGUAGAGUUCAUCAUAGGCAUCUUGUUUCACUCCUUGGUUACUGCAUAACCGGAUCUCAAAGACUGCUUGUUUAUGAGUUUGUGCCUAAUAAGACUCUGGAGUUUCAUUUGCAUGAGAAAGGGAGACUGGUGAUGGAGUGGCCAAAGAGGAUGAAGAUUGCUUUGGGUGCAGCUAAAGGACUCUCAUACUUGCAUGAAGAUUGUAACCCUAAAACAAUACACCGCGAUGUAAAGGCUGCAAAUAUUCUUAUUGAUGAUAGCUACGAGGCAAAGUUAGCAGAUUUUGGACUCGCCAGGUCUUCCUUAGACACUGAUACACAUGUUUCCACCCGAAUAAUGGGAACCUUUGGUUACUUAGCUCCUGAAUAUGCUUCCUCUGGAAAACUCACUGAUAAAUCAGAUGUCUUCUCAUUUGGAGUGGUGCUUCUUGAGUUGAUAACUGGACGCCGUCCUGUUGAUAAAUCACAGCCUUUUGCGGAUGAUGAUAGCAUCGUUGAUUGGGCGAAACCUCUGAUGAUACAAGCUCUAAACGAUGGAAACUUUAACGGUCUUGUUGAUCCAAGAUUAGAGGAUAACUUUGAUAUCAGCGAAAUGACGAGUAUGGUUGCUUGCGCUGCUGCUAGUGUCCGCCAUUCAGCAAAACGCCGCCCAAAAAUGAGCCAGAUUGUUCGAGCAUUUGAAGGCAAUAUAUCUCUAGAUGACCUGACAGAAGGAGUGACUCCAGGUCACAGUACUAUUUACAGCUUAGACGGGAGCUCGGAUUAUAGCUCAACACAAUAUAAAGAAGACUUGAAGAAAUUCAAGAGAAUGGCACUCGAAAGCCAGACAUUUGGUAGCAGCGAAUGUAGCGGUUUGACCACAAGCGACAAUGGUCAGAACCCAUCAGGCUCUUCCUCUAGCAUCACCGAAGGCCAACGUACAACAACGCAAGAAAUCGAACCGGAGAAGAAAACCAACGAGACAACAUGUUAAAACAGAGGAUUCUUGGUAACAAAAGUCCCAACAUUUUGGGGUAGGUAGGUGUAAACAGAUUUUUUCAUUACACGAACUUUCACUUCGUUUUCAAGGUGUGGCCUCUAAUUAAAACUCUCAUGGGGCCUGAUCUUGCACGUGAUUGUUGUGUUGGAGAGUAGUGAACAAUUUUAUUUUUCCGGCUUUGGUGUGAAGAUAUUUAAGUUUAAGAGAUAUUUAAAGUAGCCCUAUUGUCAUUUUG